AUGUCUUCAAUUAGCCAAUAUGAAUUAUUAAAACAACAUGGAACAUUUCACGAUCGUCUUAAAUAUGUUUUAUCAUUAGAAGAUAAAAAUGAAAUAGAAAACUAUUUAAGACAAUCAUUAGCAUCAUCAUAUGAUGAUUUACAAAUGUUUGUAUUUUUAUCAACAUCAACUAAAAAUCAAAAGAAUUUAUUAGAAAUCAUUAAAAUCGAUUCACUACCAAUAAAACAACGAACAAUUGCUGCACAAAACUGGAUUCAACUUGAAAAAGAUGAAAAAGAAAUUUUUGAUUUUAUUAUCGAAAAUCUUAAUGACAAAAAUAUGCCUCGAUAUUUUAAAUAUCGAGUUUUACAAGAUUUACAUCGGCAUAAAUAUUUAAAGAAAUCUUCAACAUUCUUUUAUGAUCUUGCUUCUCAUUUAACUGAAACAUAUCAUCAUUCACAAUAUAAUAUCGAUGCACAUUUAUUACCAUUUUGUACAAAAGAUCAAGUAUUUGAUCUAUUAUCACGAUGGUCAUUAAAACGUAUUGAACAAAUUAGUUGUACAUCUGCAUUAGUUCGUUAUCAACCUCGUGUUAUUAUUGAUUUAAUUAGAAAUGAUUUAAAAGCUAAAAAAUCAAAUCAUAAAAAACUUGCAACUUAUUUUCGAGAUAACGAUAAAUUAUUUGAAGCUAUUGCUAAAAAAUACCCGAAAGAAUUAGUUGUUUUAACAAUUGAAUAUUUAAAUCAGUUAGAAAAACAUGAACGAUUUUUACCAUCUAUAAUUGAAUCAAAAAAACAGUAUUUUUUUAAAAAAGCACCUAAUGAAAUGAUUGAACUAAUUACAAUUGUUGCUUCAAAUCAACCAGGUGUAAUUAAAUAUCAGUCAAUUUGGUCUAAUGAUGAACAUGAACUUGGAUCAUUUUCACUUCCUCGUUCAUUUUCAAUUAAAAGUUAUGUUGAAUUAUUUUCUGUUUUAUAUGAUAAAUGUCAAUGGUCAUCAUGUGAUAUAAGUCGCAUUCUUCAAUGUAUGUUUAAUAAUGACAAAGCAAGAUCUAAUCUUAAUAAUAUUAAUAAAGAACGAAAAUGGUUUAUUGAUAUUGUUAUUAAUAAAUUUAUUGGAAAAGAUAUAUUUAUAGAACGAUUAAAAAAAGAAGGAGAUGAAUCUAUAUUAAAAUUAUUGGAGUCAUAUCCAGAAUUAACAACUCCGCUUUCAGUUCAUUUAAUAUCACAAUUAGAGAAAAAAGGCAUUGUUGAAGCUGGAGAACGUUUAUCAUUCAUUCGGCAUCAAAUAAUGACACAAGAAGUAUUUGAUGAGUUUUUAUCAUUAUUUAAACAAACAAGUUCUGAUGUUAAUCAACGAUAUGAGAAUUAUCCAUUAUUUUUUAAAUGUGCCGUUUCAACAAAUGCAGAAUCUGUUAACAAAGUUCUUCUAUGGAUUGAAAAAAGACUGACUAACGAAGCCCUUUAUAUUAUUGAAGAAUUUUUAAGAAAACUAAAAUCAGCUAAUGAUAUAUUUCAAUUAGAAAUCUUACCAAAUAAUUUUGAAUCAAUUGAAAGUAUUAUUGAUAUGGCAUUAAAUCAUUUAGAUCGAUCAGAUAGUACUUUUGAAAUAAUUAUGGAAUAUGGACAAUUAUUACUUCAACGAGCUGAACAUUAUCAAAAUAAAACACGAAGAAAACGAAUUCUAGGAUUCGCUACAUCAAUUCUUAAAAAAUGUUAUUCGUAUCCAGAUAGUCUUACAAUUAAUGGUUCAUCAAUAUCAGAAUUAUAUCCUAAAACUCGUAAUAUAAUUGCAGAUAUUCUUGUCGCAGACGUAUAUCCACAACUAGUUUCAAAAUGUAUGUUAACUGAAUUAAAUACAUCAUUAAGAACAUGUUUAGACAAAGCAUGGCGUUUACCACAAAUCGACAUAUUCAUUAAUAGAUUUUUUACUAAAACUCUACCUUCAUCAUCAACACUUCAAUCAGUCUUUCCAUUUGGUCUAAAGUCAACGUUAGUUUCAUAUUAUAUUAAAAAUCGCGCAACUCGAUUUGAACGUGUUAAUUAUUUAAUUAAUAAACUGGAUAAAUUAUUUUUUCUUAACCCAGAUGUACAAAAAAUUGCUGUUCGCUCACAACAACAUCGGCAAUUCAUAGAUCAAUUAAUUCAAGAUGAUAAAUGUGUAACAGCUGUAAAAAUAUUAAAAACACAACUGAAACAAGGACUAAAUUUAAAACUUAUACCAAAAAAAUUGAAAUUACCUGGUUUACAUCAUGAUACUUUGUGGAGUCUCUCUUAUUUACUAACUGGAAAACAGCAAGAACAUAUUAUAAAAAUUAUUCUAGAUGAUUAUUUUCAAGAUAAAGAAAUUGGUAAUUACGAGAAAUUAGCAUCAUUUCGUAUUCUUCGUCGUCUAACGCAUACAUACGAUAUAACUCUUGAAUGGUUCAAUCAAAAACAAGAUUCAGCAUUAUCAAUUUGCAAUUCAACAGUGACGAAGACUUAUCGUAAUCGUGGCGCUGCUGCUAAACCACUUGAUGAUAUUAUCAUAUGUCUACCAUCUACAUUUGAUUUAACUCCGCAACUAUUACUUCAACAUUUUGAUUUACUAUUAAAAAAAUUAAAUGCAUCAAAUGCUAAAUAUAUUAGUGAUGCUAUAUUAAGUAUUUCACGAAGAAUACCGGAUGAAAUAUUUCUAGAAAAGUACCUUGAUUUUAUACAAAAUGAACAAUUUCAAAAACUUGGUACCACAGCAAAUAAAGAACUUCUUCGUUUAUUAGUUGAAUUUGUAUCAAAUACAAAUUUAGUUAAACUAAUUAUAAAACCAAUAUGGAAUAAUCAUCCACAUCAAGAUGUUCGUGUAUGUCUUAUUUUAAGUUUAUUUCAUUUUCUUGGUAAAACAUGUUCAGAUGAAGAUGAAAAUAUUAUUUGGGAAAUUCUUGAAGAAGCAGCAAAAGAUGAAUAUCUUCCUGUUGUACAAAAAUUAUUUAUUAAUCCUCUAGAAAAAUCUCGUUGUCAAUUAUCAAAACUAAAAAUUUCAUCGGAAGAAACUUUUGAAAGAUUUGUUAAAAAAAUUCAAUUUAAAGUAUUGAGCCAUCCAACAUCAUUAGAAGCACGUUUAUUGGCAUGGUCAAAUAUUGAUUAUGAAUAUUGUGAUAAAAAUAAGUUAAUUGAAAAAGGUCAAGAAGAAUGUGCUCAAUUUGAUAUAGAGGGAAAUACUUUAUGGGAAAAAGCUUUUGAAAAAAUUAUCUCAAUUUAUAAACAAGAAAAAACAUGUUCAUUUGAUAUUAUUAUUGAUAUUAUCAAAAAAAUCAUGUCGCGCCGAGAAGAAAUUGAUUUGAAUGAAAAUGAUGCUCAACAUGAUUUACCAGUUUAUCAUCGUAUUGAACAUGUUUUAGCAAUUCUUAAUUCUCAUAUGACAACAUUUAAUAAGGAGAAAAAAAUUACUUUUCGUUCAAUAACAUCAAUUGUUCUUCAAUUUGAUAAAACAUUAGCUUAUAAUUUGGCAAUAAUAUUAAUUAGAAUAGCUGAAAGUAAAGAAGAUCUUGAAGAUAUAUUAAAAAAUUUAGAAGAAAAUUUACCGAAAGAUUAUUUUGAAAGAAUAUUAAUAGAAUUAUCAGAUUUUAUUACUAUUCGUCAUUCUUGUUCUUUUAUUGAUGAAUUAAAUGCUAAUGAAAAACUUGAAUUAGCUCAAUGGUUUAUCAAAGAAAAAAAGCGAAUAUUAUUUGUUUUUAAAUUUCUUCUAAAUCUAGUUUUUCAUGAAUUAAAUGUCGAUCGAGAAGAAUGUAAAAUUCUUCUCCGACAAAUGCGACAAAGUGAUAAUUUAUUUAUACGACGAGAAGCUAUGAAUUAUACUGUACCAUGGACAGAAGAUGGUAGUCUUAUUAAUAGAUAUGGUUAUUCUGGACGGGGAUGUUAUCGUGGAUCUUGGCAUUAUUAA